AUGGGCAACGGGGGGAGCAGUCAGGCCCCCGUCUGGGUGGCGCCAACAACCAUAACGGCUUCCACGAGUCCGCUCAGUGUCCUUCGUCGUCUGUCAACGACUAGUGCCGUGAACUGCAUCGGGCGAUAUCGGUCCCAGUCGCAGACUAUCCACAUCUUCGACGCAGGUUCCCUUGAAGACUUAUGCGACGACCUCGCGUCCGAGUGCAAACAGUUCGCCGAUCCAGAGGUUCGCCGUCACCUCGUUGGUCUUUUCGUCGACAGAAGGGACCGCCGUUCACAUGUCUCAGGCCACGACUCGGGCACAGGCUCGCGAGCCUCGCUUGUCCCCCUGGCUUCCCCUCAGAGCGACAAGUAUGGCGCAGACGACAAACCUGCGGAAGACAGCGACGAGCCUCCGCUCAUUAAGGUGGACGCCCUCGCGAUUCUCUCUUCUGUGUUGCUGCUGUCUGAUGGGCCCCUGCUAGAGAAGCUGGAGCACUGCGUGCGCCUGCUGUGCUGGACGCAGGAACUGGAAGUGGAGCCGGCUUCGGUUUUCCUUCUUCUGGCUGCUGCUGCGCGGGGAGUCGCGCUGCUUACCCAGGAGACUCCGCCGUCGGUGGUGCUGAUUGGAGAGCUCCUAUCGCGGCUCGAAAGGAACGUGACAGUCACCACGGCAGCGGCCAAGUUCGCCUUUGAAGCGAACGAAACGGAUCCGCAAGGCGGCGGGCCGAACUCGGCGCCCGCGUUCUCGAUCAGACAGACUGCGACAAGUACCGCGGCGAGCUCGCUGCCGCCAGCCUUUUUUGCUGGACUUCCGAGUGCGGUCUUCGAAAUGCUUCUCAAACUCAGGGGGCAGGUCUGGUCGGGGGACAGCGUGUGGGAGGCUCUCGCCGCCGAUGCGGCUGUGCAGGCGUACCACGACCGCGUGACGCAAGUCUUCUUUUCUGAGCAGAUUGAAGAGCGGUUCGCGACAUUGUCCAACGACUUUACACAAAUGCUGCGGCGAAUCUGUAAUCCGGAAGCGUGUCGCGCCGAGCAGCACGCAUCCGCAUCCGCAGCCCAGCAACCGCGACACUCCGUCGCCCGUUCCUCUCGGCUCUCUAAACUUUCCGGGGCUCCGGGGGGCGGGCCUUCCCACGACCUCACGCCUCUAAGCUGGAAGCAGGUGAACCUGUUGCUGAGCUGCUGUGGCUCCAAGGCUGUCAACGCGCUCCUGCUCGAUGAAAUGCAGUUCGAAGCCAGCGUCGCGUGCCACGAAGCGGGGGUUUCUUGGAAGAAGUGGGUCGACGAGCCCGUCCACGAAACGUUCGGCGAGGACGACGUCGGCGCAGAAAUGCUAGGUCCCAAGCCCAACUCAGCGGACCCGCCCCCCGGAGCCCCGGGAGCAGCGACUUCAAAAACUCCGAGCAAAGGGACCGCCCCGACACAAGUGGGAGAGACGAGAGCAUCCGCGACGACUGGCGCUGCAGGGAAUACCAGAAAAUCUCGGUCGCAGCGCGCGUCCGCCGAGGCAUCGCAGGACGAGCCUCACACGGCACCCGCCGCCCCGGUGUCUGUCCAGAAGCGGGCGUCCAUUGAUCCCGUGGGAGUUGCCGCGGGAGCCUCGACUGCCCCAGGAGGCAGCGGAGAGGCCGGCGAAACCCCCGCCGAAGGGUCUGGAGGAGGCGAAAGAGUCACAUUUGCAAAACCCGCCUGGAAGUUUGUGGCCAGUAGCGGCUCUUGCGUCUGGUCCGACGAUCUUCAGUUGUUUAUCACCCCCUUGCUUGCCUUCUCGGCUCUCGAUUGCCAUGGGGAAGGAGUUAUUUCGUCCCGCCAUGUAGACAUGUUGCUAGGUUUUCUGAAGCAACUCGACCCCGUCCAUGGGGGUUUCUACAGUCGCCUUGAAAAAGUUCUCGCUGCCGACACAAGGGCUCUGUUCAGUAUUCCUUCAGAUGCCCCUGAUCCCUUCAUACAACUGAAAGCAGAACUGUCGCCGGGGAAACAGCAGAUUCGGCUCCUUAAGUUCGCCGUCAUUAUGGCCGUCUGCGCGGCGAUUCAAGACCGGCGUCAGCACGAAACGAGCCUCAGCAACCGUUUUAGGCGCUUCGAUGUCGAUAAAUCCGGGUUCAUCCUCGCGGGUGAUAUGCAGCUGCUUCUGACCGAAAUGAUCCGGCAAGCAACCGAUAUUGACGACGCAUCCAAGGCCAUUGAACAGGCCCUGCAGAACGUCGUGGAGAAGUAUAUGACUCUACUUGUAGGCCCCGCCGAAGAGCGCGUCGACUACGCCAGGUUUCUUAGCGCGUACGACAAAGUGCGGAAAACUACGCUGAAGAUGCGAGCGGAAAUCAUGGAGCUCGCCGCUCUUUUCGAGCCCGAGCCAGCCCGCAGAGAAUCCAGACCUAGGCAGUCAGAACUCAAAGUCCGACAUUCAUCAUCUUCAAACAGAAUCCGCCAGUCGCUGCUGCGGAAAAACAGCAGGGUGAACAAAGGAAGCAGCAAAAGCACCAUUAUCACCGACGAGGGCAUACGGAAUCUUUUCGGGAAGAAGUGA